AUGCGUCCCUUCUCUCUUCUCGUUCAAGCUCAAGCGCGAACACGCCCAUCCGGUGCUUGCGCUCGGGCCUUCUUCCAACCACCAUGCUCAAAGUACGGACACCCGAGGCACAUCCACAACGGUCCUCGCGACACCGUCAAGAGCCAUCCUCACCCUGACGAGUUCAGCUUCGAGCGACUCGGCCUGCGGUCCUCUGUCCUCACCGCCUUGCGCCUCGCCUUUCCGUCCAUCAAGCACCCCACGCCCAUCCAACACAGAUUCAUUGACGCUGUCUUAAAAGGCCAAGAUGUUCUGCUUAAAGACAAGACGGGUACUGGAAAAUCUUUCGCUGCAAUACUCGCAUUGCUCAGCCAAAAACGCGCUUCAGGACCUGUCACAUCCCUCGUCGUCGUCCCCCACCGCGACUUAGCCUACCAACUUUUUCAUUGGAUUGAGCGCAUACACCACCACAUGACACCGCAAGAUCCCCUCCCCUCUCUCGCACAAGUGUUCGUCAGGAACUCAUCCACGUCACUCGAGGAGCAGCUCACCGCCAUCCGCCACUCGUCCCCGCAAAUCCUCAUUGGUACACCUCAGGCACUCCUGGACGCCGUGCAAGAAGACCCGGAGGCGCUGCCGCUCUCCAAGCUGUCGACUGUCGUCGUUGACGAGGUCGACUACCUCGUCAAGACUGUGCCCAUCUUGAAGGACAAGAUUGCUAUGCAAAAAAUCGAGCGAAAGGUUAACCGUCACCCGGGUCCGACGCGUCUUCUCCUCGACCACAUCUAUUCUGGUGCGAACCAAGGGCCGUACCGCGAACAGAAAGCAAGCGCUGCAAGACCUCAACUGGUCUUAAUGAGCGCUACUCUGAGGAACCACCUACGACGGUUUUUGCUUACAGACAGCGGCUGGUUCAACACGGAAUCUGGCAAACUCGUGCGGAUCACUGGCGAGGUUUCUCCUCACAACCCGAGAAAAGAGCAAGCCACCACCUCGGAAGUCGAAGACUCGGCCGCAGAGACGGUUGGAGGCCUGAACGUACAGCACCAUGUUAUCGUGGUCUCAGAGGACGGUGACAUCGCCAAUAUUGUGGGCGCAGUCGACGCGCCCGCCGUGAGCUCGGAAGAAUCCCAGGCGGAGACGUCGUCUGACACGCCUCUCGAAUUGCCUCCGCUCCCAGAGUCGUCACAGGCACCCGAUAUUGACCAGGCGAUCGAUACACCUUCGCCAUUCAACCCCAAUGCCUUGGAAGCCAUUGCGGCGGCAUUCGCGCUGGACGUUCCCUCCGUCGGGCUGCUGGUUCUGCCUUCAGAUGCGCCUGUGCAGCGGGCGGCGUACGACUUACGCCUACUCGGUGUCAACGCCCGCGCACUGGACGUCGUCAAGGACGAGACGGGGCGCGUACAUCUUAUGCGGCAGAACUUUGACAUCGCCGCUGAGAACCCGACCCUGCUCGUGUCCACGCUGGCUUCUACGCGAGGACUGGACCUGCCUGAAUUGACGCAUGUCUUCAUACUGGGUCUCCUGGACAACGGCGCGGUGGACUCGUACCUCCAUGUCGCGGGGCGCGUCGGGCGAUUCGGACGGAGCGGGCGGGUGAUCAGUGUUGUUGCGGAUCGACACGAAGUUUUGCGGGACAACGGGAGGAAGGCGUCUAGGGAUGAACCCCGGAUGAUGGAGGGGUUGCUGCGAAAGGUGGGCAUCACGCCGACGAGAUUCGAGCAUUUCGAGUAGCAUACUUCCGGAAU